AUCACUUCGUCAGCGUCGGUAAAAGUCUGCGUCGGGAAAGGGGGCUCACGGAACUGCUGUAGGGUAACGACUAAACAUUUGAGAUGAUGGGAAGUGGAAAUUGUAGACCACUUUUACAACCGCAACAUUAACUUGUCGACAGUAGGACAUCCUAGUACCUCACAAUAGAGCGAAUGUUACGUGCGGCCUCCCGGAGGAAGGGCUUUAAUCGGGAGCGCUGGGGAGGGCUGUAGCUGCUGGGCUGUUUUUGGAGAAACAACAUGGCUGCGGUGGAGCUCGAAUGGAUCCCUGAAACGCUGUACAACACCGCAAUCUCAGCUGUGGUGGACAACUACAGCCGAUCGAGAAGGGACAUCCGUUCGCUCCCAGAAAACAUCCAGUUUGAUGUUUACUACAAGCUUUACCAGCAGGGCCGGCUCUGCCAGCUGGGAGGGGAGUUCUGUGAGCUGGAGGUGUUUGCUAAAGUGCUGCGAGCCUCAGACAAAAGACAUCUCCUGCACCACUGUUUCCAGGCGCUGAUGGACCACGGUGUGAAAGUGGCCUCAGUUCUAGCAAACUCCUUCAGCCGUCGCUGCUCCUACAUCGCUGAGUCUGAUGCCCACGUCAAAGAGAAGGCCAUCCAGUUUGGCUUUGUGCUCGGUGGCUUCUUGUCUGACGCUGGCUGGUAUGGAGAUGCAGAGAAGGUGUUUCUGUCGUGCCUGCAGCUGUGCACGCUUCACAGCGAGGUCCUUCACUGUUUUCGGGCCGUGGAGUGCUGUGUCAGGCUGCUUCAUGUCCGCAACGGUAACUGUAAGUACCACCUGGGGGAGGAGACCUUCAAGCUCGCUCAGUCUUACAUGGACAAACUAGCCAAACAUGGCCACCAGGCCAACAAGGCCGCACUGUACGGCGAGCUUUGUGCCUUGCUCUUUGCCAAAAGCCACUACGAUGAGGCAUACAGAUGGUGUAUAGAGGCUAUGAAAGAAAUCACUCCUGGGUUGCCUGUCAAAGUAGUUGUGGAUGUUCUCCGACAAGCCUCCAAGGCUUGCGUGGUGAAAAGGGAGUUCAGAAAAGCAGAGCAGCUGAUCAAACACGCGGUGUUUCUAGCAAGAGAGCAUUUUGGCCACAAGCAUCCCAAAUACUCCGACACGCUGCUAGAUUACGGCUUUUACUUGUUAAAUGUAGACAAUAUAUGCCAAUCAGUUGCUAUUUAUCAGACCGCCCUGGACAUCCGACAGUCCGUGUUUGGGGGGAAGAACAUCCACGUAGCCACGGCACACGAAGACCUGGCGUACUCCUCAUAUGUCCACCAGUAUAGCUCUGGGAAGUUUGACAAUGCUUUAUUCCAUGCAGAACGCGCCAUAGACAUCAUCACUCAUAUUCUGCCUGAAGACCACCUUCUGCUGGCCUCCUCCAAAAGAGUCAAAGCCCUGAUCCUGGAGGAAAUUGCUAUUGACUGCCACAAUAAAGAGACAGAAGAGCGCCUGCUGCAGGAGGCUCACGACCUGCACCUCUCCUCACUGCAGCUGGCCAAGAAGGCCUUUGGGGAGUUCAACGUUCAGACGGCCAAACACUACGGCAACCUUGGCCGACUCUACCAGUCCAUGAGGAAGUUCAAGGAGGCAGAGGAGAUGCAUGUAAAAGCCAUCCAAAUCAAGGAGCAGCUUCUGGGUCAUGAGGACUAUGAGGUGGCUCUGUCUGUGGGUCAUCUGGCUUCUCUUUACAACUAUGACAUGAACCAGUACGAGGAUGCAGAGAGGCUCUACCUGCGCUCUAUUGCUAUUGGUAAGAAGCUGUUUGGAGAGGGUUACAGCGGGCUGGAGUACGACUAUCGAGGCCUGAUCAAACUCUACAACUCGGUGGGGAACUACGAGAAGGUGUUUGAGUACCACAACGUUCUGACCAACUGGAACCGGCUGAGGGACCGGCAGUUUGCCGUGGCAGACGCUCUGGAGGACGUCAACACAACACCACAGCAGACCCAGGAAGUGGUCCGAGCUUUCCUCCAGGCCCAGAGCCUCGGCCCGACCCGGCCCUGUCUGGGCUGAGGUGGUUCUGGUUAUACUGCUGUGGGAAAACAGAGAAGAACCAAAACCAGGUUUUAAUCUGGUGAGAACACAAAGAAGCCCAAAGCCGAUGCUUCGGUCGCAGUUAUUUAGUCACAUUCUACAGUAAACUGCUCUGUUGACUGCACUUGUCACUGCAGCUGCCAGUACACACACACACACACACACACACACACACUGUUGUAAUUAAAAAAGAUAAAGAUGUAUAAUGGCGUAGCAGUUCCAGCUCAUCCCCACCCAGGCAGAGCGAAGAGCUCGGCUCCUCUCAGAUCCACCGCUGAAGAACCCAGCUGUUUAGGUUCCACAUGCCUUUUUCUGCAGAGAUGCUUUAGACUCUCCUCAGAACCAAACGCUGUUGGCUGGCGUGUGUUCACGACGACGUGUGGAGCCAACAAACAUCACAGCUGGAUGUUUUCACACCUACUGUGACGUAAUAUAGCAGAUUGUACAUUAAGUUUAAUUUGAAGGCUUCUUGUGUAUUUUUUGGACUCUUGGAUAUUAAACUCUUGCUUUGAAGUGCUUGGUGGAGUGAAAUGACCAACAGUGGAAUGUCAACCCCUUGGGAAUUAUACACCGCAGAUUCCAGAGGUCUGGUUUUUCAGUUCAAUGUUGCGGAGUUUUUUUCGGGGUUUUUUUUUUGUGUGUUUUUCCAUUUUAAUACUGACAUAGCUUAAUUAAAAUUUCAACAAUUUAUAUGCAGAAGUGUAUGAUUAUGUAGCCCAUUGUUUGUGCUUUGAGUGAUCCAUGAACCCAAAAGCAAUGUUGACAAGGGACCUGUACAGGAAGCAGAGAGGGUUGUCCUCCAUGUCUGAUCAGAUCCAUCAUCUGGUUUGUCUGAGGUGUGUGUGCGUGCACGCGUGUGAGUGAGAUUGUGUGUGUAGAGAUCUCUGGGUGCCCAUGCUCCUCUGAGGACCACCAGCCUUACACCAGCCUGCAGUUAUUGGUCUAAAUGGAGCCAUACUCUUAAGUGCUUGAUAAAUUCUACCUUUUAGGGCACUAUGAGGUGUGUGUGUGUGUGAGUGUGUGUGUGUGUGUUGUGCAAAUUGCCUUUCAUCUCCUGUCAGAACUCUCAUCAGAGCAACCCAUUGGACCACAACUCCAAACUGCUUCCGUCUAGUCUCGUUUGUCCGUCGGGGCUGCUGACGUGUCAUGUUAGACCAGUAGAAAACUAACAAAACCCUCAAACCAGUCCACUGCAUGUCUUAUUUAAACUUCGUUUCACAGUAAAGACUCACCUCGGUAAAGAUGGAUUCCCUCAAAUAACGAGACUCUUCACAAACCUCAGCUGUUUACGUGCCACUGUAGGCCACGUUUAUAGGUCGAGUUUUACAUACAAGUCAUUACUAGUCUGUACAACAAACAGAUGCAAGGACACAUCUGGCUAAGAACUGUGACUGAAAGAGGACAUUGGCCUUUUGCAGCUUUUUAUUGCCCUCUGGUGGUCAAACUGUUUUGGCUCAGUAAGUGAGGCUUGUCUGUUCUCUGAGGUGUAAAGAAAACAAAUUUAAGGAAAAUGUUAACGACGCAUCUUCUGGUGAGGUCUGGAACCCCUCACACCAGAACCCCCCAGCAGUGCAUGAAGGUGAAGCAUCAGACAGACCUGCUGCUUGUUCCUAAAUAAAAACCAAACUGUGCUUUUCCUGUAACACAGACUGGUUGUCAUGGUGAUGAGGUGAAAUGGAGGCGGAGGAAAACUGUGACCUCUUUAGAAGCUUCUUGUUAAGGCGCUAAAUGCUAUGGGAUGUUUUCAGUGUUGUUCUGUUGCUGCAAAAACAUUAAAAUGUUUUAUCACCGACUACA